CAGCCGGUCAUGCAAGGAUGAGGUCCUUCAGCUUGGGUCUGUCCACGUGACUUGAUCGGGUCCUCCUGUAAAUGACGGAUGGAGAUGUACCGAUACAUCUGGCGUUGCGUCGCGGCCCUCAAGGUGGAAAGCUGUCCAUAACAACCGACAUCAUCACCUUCCAAGUCGCAGUCCGCCCGCGCUGCGAAUCGCAACAAGUCUACAGCCACCUGUACAGCACCGAACGAACACCCGAUACCGACUUUCUCUGCGCCAACGACACAAUGAUUUCCGACGCCGAACUUUACCGUCUCGCCAUCGUCCUCGGAUGCUCGGCCAUGGUUCUUAUUGUUCUUCACCACUUCCUCGAAACCAACGCCGAAGAUCUCGAAACCGAUGUUGUCAAGGAGAAGAAGGCAGCGAAGGUGGCAGCAGCCCCGGCCAAGGCGAAAUAG